AUGGCUGAAGCGGCUAUUAAGCAAAUUGAGAAUCUAGGCCCUCCUGUUGUUAAGCAACUUCUUCCCUUAAUUCAACAACUUCCUCCACUGUAUAUGGACUUGGUAAAGGGCCGAGAAGACUUCAUCCCAAAACCAGAGGAGACACGCCGGCUGAUAAAAUCCUACUACGGAAUAUCUCGAAAUCUCCUAGUAAAGUUCGAAGAUGACCAAAUUGAUGAAACCUCUAUCAUUGCACAAGUGCUAAGCUCUGAAUCUGCCAUUAGCUCACAGCUUGAUAUGUCGAUUCGCUCACUUCCUGGGGAUCAUGGCCUUCCAUUGCAACAGGUACUUCCUGACGUUCCACCAGGAAUGGCUGAUGCAGUGAGCCGUGGAGGUGAACUCCUGGCAAAUCUCACAACAGGCACACCAUGGGAGGCUGUUGCUAAGGAGGUAGGUACCACUUUUGGCACUGACUCUGGCGUUCUGCGAACACAAGUACCCGAGGAUGUCAAUGCACUUGUGGAUGUAAUUGUUUCAUGGGUAGCUUCAAAUUCUGGCCCCAAACUACUUCGUUCAUGA